AUGUCUACCGCAACCAAACCACUUACAACAAUGGUGUCUGAUGUGACUACCAAUAGUCUAAUGAUGAAUACAUUCCCAAUGGACAGUACUCAACCUCUUCAUCCAAAGACAGGAAAGGAGCCACUCGCUUCCAAAUUGGCCAGAUGGUCAAAGAUCAACUAUGAGCAUCCAGAGAUUAGAAAAGUAGUUGCUGAGGUGAUUAAGGAUAAAUCAUUGUUCUUUACAGGUGCAGACCUACCCAAGGAGAAGCAGAGAGUACAAUCAUUGCUUCAGCUAAAGACAUUCUUGGCCAAGAUCUAUGGUCCAGGAUAUGUUCAGAUCUCAGAUCUCAAAGGCGACCCAACUAAAAUUCUAGCCAUGGGAGAUGUGCUCAGCCAGUUUGAUGAUAAUAGUGUAUCGACCAAGUUGGUUGUGAACAACUACUUGUUUGGAGGCGCUGUCUAUACUCUUGGAACUGAGAAGCAUCACAGGUUAAUCCCUGGAAUCCAGACUGGAGAAUUGUUGGGAUGCUUUGCCAUGACAGAGUUGGGACAUGGAUCUAAUGUUAGAGCAUUAGAGACCACUGCCACAUACGACCCAGAGACAAAUGAGUUUAUUAUCCAGACUCCAAAGAGGACUGCUACCAAGUGGUGGAUUGGUAAUGCAUGUCAUGCUGUAAUGUCUAGUGUAUUUGCCAGACUCAUCAUCAAUGGAAAGGAUCACGAGGUUCACUGCUUCCUCGUUCCAAUCAGAAAGGAGAAUGGCAUUGACUUGAUGCCAGGUGUUAGGAUUGGAGAUUGUGGACCCAAGUUUGGAUUGAAUGGUGUUGACAAUGGAUGGAUCCAAUUCGAGAAUGUUAGAAUACCCUAUGACAACCUCUUGGACAAGUUUGGCAGUAUCAUCAAUGGCGAGUACACCUCACCAAUCAAGAGUCCAUCUCAUAGAUUUGCCAACAUCCUCUCUCAAAUGAUUGCUGGAAGAAUAUUUAUCACCUUUGCAUCUGUACGAUCAAUGAAGAUUUUGACAUCAAUUGCCAUCAGAUAUGCAUUGAAGCGACUUCAGUUUGGUUCGAACCCAAGCGCACCAGAGACACCAAUCUUGGAGUAUCCAACUCAUUAUCUCACUCUUAUGCCAAUGGUCGCAUCGCUCUAUGCUCUGGACGCAGUCAAGUCCUACCUGGCCAAGCGAUUCAAGGACAGAAGCGAUGGGUCUGAGAUCCACGUGCUCGCAUCUGGAUUCAAGGCUCUGACCAGCCACUUCACCACAGUGUCAGCACUCGAGCUUAGACGUUUGUGUGGUGGCCACGGCUACUCUGCCUACUCACGCUUCAGCAUCCUCUUGGCCACAAUGGAUGUUGGACGUACAUUCGAGGGCGACAACACAUUGUUGUAUCAACAAGUCGCCAAAGACCUGUUGACACAGUUCAAGAAGGAGUACUCCUCCAACAAGUUCACAGGCACGCUCAAGUACCUUGGCAAGAACACCAAGUUGUUGCUCAGUGAGAUCAAUCCAGCCAGCAGCUUCAUGAGCAAGGACAGCAACAUGAUGAAUAUCACAUUCCUCUGCCACUGCCUAGAGUUCCGUUCAUCACGUCUACUCCUCAGCUCUGCCAAAGUUGUAUCCAAGGCCUACCGCCAGACCAAGGAUGCAUUUGUCGCGUGGAACCAGUCGCUCGAGACUUUGAUCCAUUUGGCCAAGUCUCACACAGAGACAAUCAUUGCAACCAGAUUUGUUGAUGCGGUCCACUCCCAGAAGGACCCAGAGACUCGCGAGAUGUUGGAGAAGUUGUGCCAAUUGUACCUCCUGACAACGAUCAGGGAGGACUUUGAGUUCUUUAGAGGCACAAGCUAUUUGAAGAAGGGCCAAGCCAACGUAGUUGGUAAGCUCGUGUCGCAGCUCAGUCUCGAGCUGUCACGUCACGCACAGGUGCUCAUCGAUGGAUUCGAUAACGAGAAGGAGCUAAUUGACGCACCUAUCGGGCUGGUCGAUGGCGACCUCUACGAGAACAUAUGUGCUCGCGUGGACAAACCAUUCUCGCUGGACAACUACCCGGAGGAGAUGAGGAUGAAAGCGAAGCUCUAA